UAUUACGAAUCUUUUGGAAUCGGCGUCGAUUUAUAAUGAAUAAAAUGCAUUUUAAUUUACUUUUAACUACUUGAUUUUACCUCGACCAAUUUAUCGUUGCUAGCCGUCGUACAAAAUGGCCAACAAUCUACCUGAACUGGUAGCAAUCAACGAAGAACUGGGUGACAGUUUUGACGGUCUUAUAACCCGGUGCGAGGUGUAUAAACAAGUUCUCUUAAAAAGAAAACAUGAUAUUGUCGAGAAGAUCAACUCCCAAGUGAUUGGGCCAAACUCAAACAUAGUCAAGACCUUGAGUGAGGUGCAACAGGAGCGGCUGUCAAUUGUUUCGUUGAAAAUAGAAGUUGAACAGCUCAAGUUAAAAUAUGCUAGGUUCAAGAAGGAGACUGAGAGUAUUAGGACCGUAUUUCAGAAGUUGAUUGAAGAUUUAAAAUAUAAAUGUAAUCGAAUGACGUACUUUACGUGUCUUCAAUGUAUUGCUUCCAAAAGCAAYAAAAUGAGAACAGAUUUGAUGAGUAAACGUGAUAUUGAAGCUGUUAAGUCGUAUAACAUUUUGUGUGAACUCAGUCUUGCUAUGAGUGCUGCUCCAUCUAAACAUUUGGUUUCCUAUAUUACCAGAGUAAUCAAUUAUUGGCACAGCAUACUUGAAAAAUAUUAUUCAGAAGAUAUGGAAAUUACUCUAAAACAAAUGAACUGGCCAUUUACAAUCAGCGAAAUAACUGAUAAUGCAAAAUUAAAUAACUUUAAACAACAGUUUCAACGUUUAGCAAACAUGUUAAUAAAAGUUCAACUUCCAAAAAAUGAUUUUAGUGAAAUCAACGAGCAAUUACAGACGUCUCCAUUGUUGGAACAUUAUUCUCAUGUAACCGUGCCAAUUAUUAUGUUAAUAGUACCUUUUCGAAAAAGAUUUUUUUACCAUUUCACUGGAAAAAAACAGACCAAUAAACCUGAUAAGCCUGAAUGGUUUUUAUCUAGAGUAUUGAGCUGGAUUAGAGAUUAUAGAACAUUUGUUGUGGAUUGGUUGGGCCCAGUCUAUGUAGAAAAUGGAAAAAGAGCUGUCGAUUCUCAAUAUGACUUUAUUAUAGGGCUAUUGCAGCUGGUAGUAGUUAAACUUGAUUCAGAUUUGUCACAUUUUCAACUGGAAGAUGUAGUAUUUUCACAUAUUGUGGAUGAAACAUUAGCAUUUGAACAUGAACUAAGAAAAGUUUAUGGUUAUCCAAUUGAUUAUCCAAGUGUUACAGAAGUCUUAACUCAAGCUCAAAUAUUUUUUAAAUGGAUUAAUAUGGAACGAAAAUAUGCUCACAUAAAAAUGGAUGAAAUUAUACAAAACAAAGAACAAUGGAAGAUCUUAGUUUAUGAUAGUCAGUAUUGUAUGACAGUAUGUGCGGAUAGUUUUCUAACUUUGUUAAACACCAUGAGCGAUCGAUAUAGUAUACUUCGUCAACCWAGACACAAGUAG